AUGUCGAAAUCAUCAAGAAGAGUGAAGUAUGCUACUAACAGGAAUUAUUCUAGUGAAAACGAUCCCAGAAUAGUUGAAGUGAUUCGAAAGAAAAAUAAGGAAGUGCUCGAGAAAUCCGAUGCCUCUCGUAUCGCACAAGAUGAGGAAAUUGGUCGAAUCAGGCAAAAAAAUCAAGCCGAAAAGAAAUAUAAGAAGAAACAUGACCAUGCUACUCUUAAGCUUUUGGAACCUCAUCGAAAAGGCGGUCAAAAUUUGAAUGCUUCCCACCGAAGGGAAGGUGGUGAUGAAGAAAGUGAUGACAGUGAAAGUGAUGAUGAAGAAGAAGGUGAGGAUGAAAGUGAAAAAGAAGCAAGUGAUAAGGAAGUUGAUGAAGAGAUAAGAGAAGUCGUUCAAGAACAAGAAGUUAAACAACAAGACCAAGUAGGAGACGCUCAAGAAAAAGGUAAGAAGAAAGAUGGACCAAAGAAGAAGAAAGGUGACCACAUGCCCGACCCACUGAAGAUGUUUUCUCGCGACCCUGAUGAUCCACCUUUAGGGAUACCCGGUGAUAGAGGAAAGGUAUUAUGGGGUUACAAAGGCAGUUGGGCUUCCGAUUGUCAUGAAGAAAACUCCUGUAACUUUUGA